GGACCUGCCACGCGGAUGCGUUGGCCCUCACCAACUAGUUUGAUCUAGGUUUCAAAAUGAUCGAUGUACUAAAACGAUUCAUCAACGCAACGGACUAUAGACUUGGUGUGAAUCUAUACUCGUGUUUGAUUCUAGCGACGACGUUAUGGUGCACCUUUUCUAUUCUCUAUCGCAUUUGGACUGUACUAGGACGGGCUCAUGGUGGUAUUGGAAUAUACUACCGUGUCAUAGAAGUCCUUGUUGAAUCCUCACUUCUCUAUUCGGCAUCCUUGAUCCUAUAUCUAGGCCUUUUUGCUCACGACAGCUCGAAUUCGGCAUUAGUCUACUGGGACUCGGUUGCGGCAUUUGCAAGGGUGAGCAAAUAUUCUUACGUUCCGUCGACAUCGAAUAGACCUGCCAUGUAGGGUGUUGCGCCGACGCUUCUUGUCGGGCGCAUCGCGGCAGGACACGCGCGACCGGAUGACUCUUGGAGCGAUGCUUCUUCGACAGGGAAUAGCACUGGGGGAGAUGUAUGCGAUCUUGAGGCUCAGACAGAGAAUACUGGGAUAGGUGAACCCAGCAGUAUAGUCGGCUCGGAAUAAAGGAGUUGGAAAUUUCCCCAGAGUAGAGUCCAAGGGGAAGUUCAAUACUUAGUAUUUACCAGCGAAAUAGUAAAUUUCUGUAAUGCCUGCCAUC